AAGCUCUAAAGAAUUGAGAGGCCUUUCAAACGUAUGGCUUUAUACAGUGAACAGUACAACUUAUAGUUUAUUUGGAGUCUUGGAAGGGAUCGUCACACGCCUUUUUUAGACCUAAAGCAGCGCUAUUGUAGCCGAAGAUUGAAAACUAAAUCAAAAUGAGGGAGUGUAUUUCAAUUCAUGUUGGUCAAGCUGGUGUUCAAUGCGGCAAUGCAUGCUGGGAAUUAUAUUGCUUGGAGCAUGGAAUCCAACCUGAUGGUCAGAUGCCAAGUGAUAAGUCAAUAGGAGGAGGCGAUGACUCUUUCAAUACAUUUUUCAGCGAGACGGGUGCCGGGAAACAUGUUCCUAGAGCAGUAUUCAUUGACUUAGAGCCAACUGUAGUAGAUGAAGUUAGGACUGGAACUUAUCGUCAACUUUUUCACCCUGAGCAGCUUAUCAGUGGCAAAGAGGAUGCUGCCAAUAAUUAUGCAAGAGGACAUUACACAGUUGGCAAGGAAAUGGUUGACCUCGUUUUGGACCGAGUACGAAAACUGUCUGACCAGUGCACUGGGCUCCAAGGUUUUCUCAUCUUUCACUCAUUCGGAGGUGGAACUGGUUCUGGAUUCACUUCUCUUUUGAUGGAGCGUCUUUCUGUAGAUUAUGGCAAGAAAUCAAAGCUCGAGUUUUCUAUCUACCCAGCUCCACAAGUGUCUACAGCUGUCGUUGAGCCGUACAAUUCUGUCCUUACGACACACACCACACUGGAACACUCUGACUGCGCUUUUAUGGUUGAUAACGAGGCUAUCUACGACAUUUGCCGACGCAACUUGGAUAUUGACCGACCUACGUACACCAAUCUUAACCGUCUAAUUGGCCAAAUUGUGUCAUCUAUCACGGCAUCACUUCGCUUUGACGGUGCUCUUAAUGUCGACCUUACUGAAUUCCAAACUAAUCUUGUGCCAUAUCCUCGUAUUCACUUUCCUCUUGCAACCUAUGCACCAGUCAUAUCAGCUGAGAAGGCAUACCACGAACAGCUGACCGUGGCAGAAAUCACAAGUGCUUGCUUUGAGCCUUGCAACCAAAUGGUGAAGUGUGAUCCUCGACAUGGUAAGUACAUGGCCUGUUGCUUACUGUACAGGGGAGAUGUAGUACCGAAAGACGUCAACUCGGCAAUCGCAACAAUAAAAACAAAACGUACGAUUCAGUUUGUGGAUUGGUGUCCAACUGGUUUUAAGGUUGGUAUUAAUUACCAGCCACCAACAGUUGUUCCAGGUGGAGAUUUGGCAAAAGUCCAGCGAGCAGUGUGCAUGCUCAGCAACACAACAGCAAUUGCCGAGGCAUGGGCAAGGCUUGAUCAUAAAUUUGACCUCAUGUAUGCGAAACGAGCUUUUGUGCAUUGGUAUGUUGGAGAGGGAAUGGAAGAAGGCGAGUUCUCAGAAGCAAGAGAGGAUCUUGCGGCGCUUGAGAAAGAUUAUGAAGAGGUUGGAGUUGAUUCUGCUGACGCUGAGGGCGGCGAGGAGGAUGCUGGAGAUGAAUAUUAAAAUAACUGAACAAUUGAAAUGAAAUAAAACCUAGCUUAGUAUAAUUUAGAAAGAUUUGAUCAAAAUGAUACAUAAAGCGUAAAUUGAAGCGAAUUCCUGCCUGCAGAUAUACUACAGGCAUAAGAUAUCAGAAGUUGUCUAAAAUUGAAAGAUAUAUAUUUUUCAUUAACGUUAAA